AGCUUCCAAGGAGAGGUCAGUCUGGUGGAGCAGCUUUUCAAGAGCAAGGAACACAGGUGGCCAGGAAUGCUGCCAAUCAGGUUUGUAUUAUUUUUUUAAAGAUCUCAGGUCUCCAGCUUGGAAAAAGAAGCCUCAUGGCAGGAAGCAGAUUUUGCAAAGGAUGCAGCGUGGAAAAGAGCUUGACACAAAUAGAUAAUGGCUCUUGUCAAGUCUAGACUGAGUUGGAGGCUGAAAAAUUGUGCAUGAGCUCCAAGGAUCCCAGAUCAUAAUAUUUAGUUUCUCUGCACUUUCUGCCAAUGGGCAACUCUUCCUUCUUGAGCUGUGCGUCUGUCCCCUUCAGCAUAGAUUUGAGUUUAUAGCUCCACUCAGCUGAGAGUCCCAUUGGACAGCCUUGGGGCCAGUCUACCUUGCAGGAUAACAACAUUACGCAUAUAUGUCAACUUACUGGGUUGCUUUGAGUUUUCUGGGCUGCAUGGCCAUGUUCCAGGAGCAUUUUCUCCUGAUGUUUCACCCACAUCUAUAGCUGGCAUCCUCAGAGGUUGUGAGGUUUGUUGGAAACUAGGCAAGUGGGAUGUAUAUAUUGGUGGAAUGUCCAGGGUGGGAAAAUGAACUCCUGUCUGUUUGAGACAAGUGUGGGUGCUGCAACUGAUCACCUUAGCAUUGCAUAGCCUUGCAGCUUCAAGGCUUGGAUUCCUCCUGCCUGGGGGAUCAGUUGUUGGGAGGUGUUAGCUGGCCCUGAUUAUUUCCUGUCUGCAAUUCCCCUGUUUUGAUUGUUGUUAGUAGUAAUUUUAUUGAUUAGCCCUUAGGCCAUAUCACAAUAAGAAACAGAUUGAGUGUUGUUCUUUCUUUACUAUUCUGAUUUUAGAGUGUUUUAAAAUAUUGGUAGCCAGAUUUUAAUUGAAUGUUAAACGAAUUUAUUGAUGAAUUUUAUAAUGUUUUAAUUGAGUUUUAUUGUUUUAAUUGAAUGUAUAUGUUGACAGUAUUACUGAUGCUUAUGUGAAGCCGCGCAGAGUCCCCUGUUGGGAGAUGGGCGGGGUAGAAAUGAAGGAAAUAAAUAAAUAAAUAUAAAAUUUUGUUCAUUUUCAUGGCUUCCUCCUUGUGGAUUUCAAUUGCUUCUCUGUAUAGAAGCCUCUGAGGAUACCUGCCAAUGAUGUGGGCAAAAUGUCAGGAGAGAAUGCUUCCCGAACAUGGCCAUACAGCUUGGAAAACUCACAGCAACCCAGUGAUUCCCUCCAUGAAAGCCUUUGACAACACAUAUUUAAUUAUUUUAUUUAUUUACUUCAUUUAUAUACCGCUUUUCUCAGCCCUUAGGCGACUCAAAGCCGUUAACAACAGCAAAAAUUCAAUGCUAAAAAUCAUAAAAACAUACAUAUGUCAAUGUAUAUUCUGUAUUGAAAAAGAGAGACAAAGUGGCAGCUAUGAUAAAAUAACUUGUGGACUUUCUUGUUGUUUUGAGUCCUUUAGGCACCUUGAAGAAGAGCAGUUUGAGGAUUGUUGCAGAUUCCUAGAAGAAACUCAUUUACAGUGGCGAUGGAAAAUGUCUUGGCUUUCAGUCGGCACUGAACUUCCAUGUUCCAUCAUCCCUGACGGCCAACUCACACUCCAUGAGAGAGAUCUCCAUCUUCCAGGCUCCGCUCCAGCUGUCUUCUUCGCACCAUGUGCCUGCUGUUCCCUUUUGCUGUGAUUGUAGCCGUCUCGGGGGGCCUGCAACUGGCGGAAGCCCGCAAGACUGAGCCCCUGAGCGGUUCUGGCGACCAGCCCCUCUUCCGUGGGUCAGACAUGAAUGACUUUGCUAUUGUUGUUCCAGCCGGUGGCAUCGAGUGCUUCUGGCAAUUUGCGCACCAGAGCGGUCAGUUCUACUUCAGCUAUGAGGUGCAGUGGAGCUCAGGGAUUGGCCAGGACACCAGGCACAUCCUGGCCACGGCCAACGACCCCAAUGGCCUCCAUCUUGGCACCUCGCAGGACGUCCGGGGGCUGAUCCACUUCCGGACCAUGGAGACAGGGUUCUACCAGCUCUGCCUGAGCAACCAGUACAACCACUUUGGGUCGGUGCAGGUCUACCUGAACUUUGGUGUCAUCUACGAGGGUUUUGACCUACAGAACACACCGGAACUCGAGAAAAAGAAGCUCAACGACACGUUGGAGGCUAUUGACGAGAGCACCCGGAAGCUGAUGCUGCACAUCUUCCACAUGUGGCGGCACUGCAGCGUCUCCCGCAUGAAGGGCACCUCCGACUUCUUCCUGGUCCAAUCCAACCUCAAUUAUGUCAACUGGUGGUCGGCCGCCCAGAGCCUAGCCAUCAUCCUUUCGGGCCUCCUCCAGCUCUACUUCAUCAAGCGCUUCUUCGCCGUCCGGACCACAACUGACACCAACAAGCCACGCUGCUGAAGACCAGGUGCUUGGCCUGGCCCCACUUCUCCAUCACUUGCAGGCCCCAAAAGGAAGGAGCAUCCCUGAAAUGCCAGAAAGGGGGAAAGAGCAGUGCUUCCCUACCUCUUGGGGCUUAGCGUUCAGGGACCGAACUGGAGCGAUUCAGGCACCACUGUGUUAACUGAAAGGGACUGACUCACUUGCUCUCCAUUCACAAUAAAGCUGGUCAAGGUAAAA